AUGCCGGUUAUGAAGGGAUUACUGGCACCCCAGAACACCUUCCUCGACACCAUCGCCACCCGGUUUGACGGCACACAUAGUAACUUCAUCCUUGCAAAUGCUCAGGUGGCUAAGGGAUUCCCUAUUGUUUACUGCUCAGAUGGCUUCUGUGAGCUUGCUGGAUUUGCAAGAACUGAAGUCAUGCAGAAGAGCUGCAGCUGUAAAUUUUUACUUGGUGCUGAAACAAAUGAGCAAAUGAUUCUUCAGAUUGAGAAAUCAUUGGAGGAAAAGAUAGAAUUCAAAGGAGAAAUCAUGUUCUAUAAGAAGGAUGGGUCUUCAUUCUGGUGCCUAUUGGAUAUUGUUCCUAUAAAGAAUGAGAAAGGAGAUGUAGUACUCUUUCUGGCCUCUUUCAAAGAUAUAACAGACACAAAAGUGAAGAUUGCUGCAGAAGACAAAAAGGAAGAAAAAUGGAAAGGAAGAGGAAGAGCUGGGUCACAUUUCGAUUCAGCUCGAAGACGGAGUAGAGCUGUCCUUUAUCAUAUCUCUGGACACCUACAAAGGAGAGAGAAGAACAAAUUAAAAAUUAAUAAUAAUGUUUUUGUAGAUAAACCAGCAUUUCCAGAAUACAAAGUUUCAGAUGCAAAAAAAUCCAAAUUCAUAUUGUUGCAUUUUAGCACUUUUAAAGCUGGCUGGGACUGGCUUAUUUUACUGGCAACGUUUUAUGUUGCUGUGACUGUACCUUAUAAUGUUUGCUUUAUUGGCCAUGAUGAGCUGUCUACAACUCGAAGCACAACUGUCAGUGACAUUGCAGUGGAAAUUCUUUUUAUCAUUGAUAUUAUUUUAAAUUUCCGAACAACAUAUGUCAGCAAGUCUGGCCAAGUUAUAUUUGAAGCAAGAUCUAUUUGUAUACACUACGUGACUACCUGGUUUAUCAUUGAUUUAAUUGCUGCACUUCCUUUUGAUCUUCUUUAUGCUUUCAAUGUCACUGUGGUUUCUCUUGUCCACCUCCUAAAGACAGUGCGGUUGCUCCGCCUCUUGCGUCUCCUUCAGAAGUUGGAUCGUUACUCCCAGCACAGCACAAUUGUUCUCACACUUCUCAUGUCCAUGUUUGCCUUGCUUGCUCACUGGAUGGCUUGCAUUUGGUAUGUCAUUGGGAAAAGGGAGAUGGAACAGAAUAACCCCCUUACCUGGGACAUUGGUUGGCUUCAUGAGCUAGGAAAACGUAUAGAGUCUCCUUACUAUGACAAUAAUACCCUGGGAGGCCCAUCAAUCAGAAGUGCCUAUAUAGCUGCCCUAUAUUUCACCCUCAGCAGCCUCACAAGUGUUGGGUUUGGAAAUGUUUCAGCCAAUACUGAUGCUGAAAAGAUCUUCUCCAUUUGCACAAUGCUGAUAGGAGCUCUGAUGCAUGCCUUGGUGUUUGGCAAUGUGACUGCCAUAAUUCAGAGGAUGUACUCCAGAUGGUCCCUUUAUCACACAAGAACCAAGGAUCUUAAGGAUUUUAUACGGGUCCAUCACCUGCCACAGCAGCUAAAGCAAAGGAUGCUUGAAUAUUUCCAAACUACAUGGUCUGUCAAUAAUGGAAUUGAUUCCAACGAGCUUUUAAAAGAUUUCCCAGAUGAGCUGCGUUCAGAUAUCACGAUGCACUUGAAUAAGGAGAUUUUGCAGCUCUCUCUUUUUGAGUGUGCCAGCCGCGGUUGCCUCAGGUCUCUGUCUCUGCAUAUCAAAACCUCCUUCUGUGCUCCUGGGGAAUACCUCCUCCGGCAGGGAGAUGCCCUGCAAGCGAUCUAUUUUGUGUGCUCAGGUUCCAUGGAAGUCCUGAAGGACAGCACGGUGCUGGCGAUUCUCGGUAAAGGAGAUUUAAUUGGAGCAAACCUAUCAAUUAGGGAUCAAGUUAUUAAAACAAAUGCAGAUGUUAAAGCUCUAACGUACUGUGACCUCCAAUGCAUUAUCCUCAAAGGUCUCUUUGAAGUGCUUGAUCUUUACCCAGAGUAUGCUCACAAGUUUGUUGAAGACAUACAGCAUGAUCUCACAUACAAUCUAAGAGAAGGCCAUGAAAGUGAUGUAAUAUCAAAAUUAUCAAACAAGUCUACGCUAUCUCAGACGGAGCUCAAGGGAAACGGAAAUAUAAAGAAAAGACUCCCUUCGAUUGUAGAAGAUGAAGAAGAUGAUGAUGAAGGAGAAGAAGAGAGCAUCACCCUUUCACCAAUCCAUACAAGAAGCACAACUUGCUCUCAACAGAAGAAGGCUGGAAGCAAUAAAAACCACCUGGGGAGGAACUUGAAGCAGUUGGCCUCAGGAACAGUGCCCUUCCAUUCACCCAUUCGUGCUUGCAGUUCAAACCCCUCAAGAACCAAACAUGAAACUGAGCUCCAUUACUAUUCCAAAAGGAAGGAGAAAAACCUUAAGUUACACCUUUCAGCACUGAAUGCUGGUGGCCCACCAGACCUGAGUCCAAGAAUUGUUGAUGGGAUUGAAGAUGGAAACCACAAUGAGGAGAGCCAAACCUUUGACUUCAGCUGUGAUCAGCUCGGGCAGGACUCCAGGGUAUCUCCAACAAUUGGAGAGGCUGAAAUUGGUGCUGCAGUGCUUGUUAUCAAAGUAGAAGAGACCAAACAACAGAUCAGCAGGCUUAAUAAUGAGGUGACAACCUUAACUCAAGAAGUCUCACAGUUAAGUAAGGAUAUGAAGAAUGUGAUGUACCUUCUUGAGAACCUGCUCACAUCCCAGAAGCCACCAGGGUUCUGCACAAUGCAUGGCAUAUCUCGGAGUCCGACUCUGGAAAGCCUGCAGGCUCGAAUGGCUUGGACUCCACGUCAACCUUGCACACACAUGCAAGCCGGGAACAUUACUUGCACCAAAGCACAACCCUGCCACAGUAACACGUUAUGUGACAUUUGGAAUACAGACCUAUCCUCUGUAGGCAGCAGCCCCCAAAGAACUGAACCCAACCUUCAAAAUUCUACGGACAGUGAAUUUUACUAUACACCGGGCCUUCACAAUUCACCCUCCCAGUAUCAGGUAAUUCAGAAAGAUAACUCGCAAUUUUUAAGAUGCACCUCUCCCCAUUCAGACACUACCUUGACCCCUCUUCAGUCUAUUUCAGCAACUCUUUCUUCUUCAGUAUGCUCUUCAUCAGAGACAUCAUUACACCUCGUGCUGCCCAGCAGGUCUGAGGAAGGUAGCUUUAGCCAAGGAGCAAUCAGCUCAUUAAGCCUGGAGAAUUUGCCAGGAUCAUGGGACCUUGAACGAACAGCUGGAGUAGUUUCUGCACAGACCUCAGAUUUUGCGUUAGACAUUGUGACAAGCACAAGGGAUAUUAAAGAUAAAGAUAACCAAGCCAUAGAUGUAUAA